AUGACUAGCGGUAAUCCCGCUCGGUUUAUGUCGAAGCCGCGAGGUAACUCUCCGGUUCAUGUUGACGGACGAACGGUUUAUGUCACUAUGUAUCUUAAUGAUUGCCAACGUACGGCUUUCUAUGAAGGCAUUGGACUUAACACAAAAGAGUUUGACAUGCAUGUCAUCAUUGAGUCCCAAUAUGAAUUUAACAAACCCACAACAGCUCGGAUUUUCCCAGCUGUUCUUGAUGUUGAAAACCCAGAAUUCAAGAGGAAGUUGGACAGGAUGGUGGAGCUAAACGAGAAGAUUCUUGCUAUUGGUGAGAGUGAUGACAUACCGUUGGUGAAGAACUUGAAGAGGAUUCCACUGGUUGCUGGCUUGGUGUCUGAAAUCUUGGCUGCAUAUUUAAUGCCACCAAUUGAAUCAGGGUCUGUAGAUUUGGCAGAGUUUGAACCGCAACUUGUGUACUGA